AUGCAGCAAAGAAGCUCUAUUGUUAACAAGAGGGACAGGUACGUAACUGGGCUGCAGAAGCUGCAGGAAGCUGAACAGCUCAUACUUGAGCUGCAGAUUGAGCUGAAGAACCUGCAGCCUCAGCUGCAACAAACUUCCUGCAACACAGAGGCUCUCAUGAUCAGGAUAGAGCAAGAUACAGUGAUUGUCGAGAAGAAUAAAGAGCUGGUGGCCGCGGAUGAAGCGGUGGCUAACCGCAAGUUCGCUGACGCGCAAGCCAUCAAGGAUGACUGCGAGCGGGAGCUGGCCAAGGCUGUGCCGGCGCUGUCAGCCGCAACGCUGGCCCUCAAUACCCUCAGAACCCGCCUUUUGGCGUCAAAUUGGUACGCGUGGAUGCUUGAAUUGUUGACGUUUUCAAUAUAUUUUAUUGAUAUUACGAGGCAGGAAGACGUACGCGUGGUCAAAGCCAUGAAGAACCCGCCUUUUGGCGUCAAAUUGGUGCUGGAGGCCGUGUGUGUGAUGCUGGACGUCAAGCCGGUCCGGGUGCCCGAUCCUGCAGGAUCGGGCAAGCGGCUAAAGGAUUUCUGGACGCCAUCACAGAAGCUGCUGGGGGACCUCAAGUUCCUACCCAUGCUGAUGGAGUACGACAAGGACAACAUACCUGAGAAGACGGUGAACGUCGUGCGUGAGAAAUAUUACAACCACCCCGACUUUGACCCUAAGAAGAUCCGUUCGAUCUCCGCCGCGUGUGAGGGCUUGUGCCGCUGGGUGCGAGCAAUGGUCGUCUACGAUCAGGUGAUUAAAAUCGUCGCUCCUAAAAAAGAAGCUUUGGAAGCAGCAAACCAGGAGUUGGCAAUACAAAACAGCAGACUGGAGGAAAAGAGAAAAGAAUUGAGGGAGGUCACUGAUAAACUACAGAGCUUGAAUGACGAAUUCACGAAGAAGCAGAAGGAGAAAAAAGACUUGGAAGACAGCAUCGUAAAAUGCGAAGAAAAAAGAGAUCGUGCUUCGCGAAUAACAGGUGGACUUGGUGGAGAGCGAGACAGAUGGAGCGCAGCUGCCGCUGAACUGAGUGUCAGUUUAGAGAACAUCCUUGGAGACUCUCUGCUCGCCGCUGCCGUGUUAGAGUACCUGGCGCCCUUCACGGUAGAGUACCGCCACGAGAGCCUGGAGCGCUGGAGAAACGACUGCGUGUCGCUGGCCAUCAGCUACAGUCCUGUGUUCUGCCUACAGCGUCUCUUGGCUGAUCCUGUCGAGGUACGAUCUUGGCACCUCAGCGGACUGCCAGUCGAUAAAUAUUCCGUCGAUAACGCCAUAAUCGCAACAUCGUCGCCAAGAUGGCCGCUCAUCAUCGACCCACAAGGAGAAGCUGUGCGCUUUAUCAACUCAUUAGGGACUCCAAAAGAUGAAGUAAACCCGUCAGAAGGCUUAGAAGCAGACCAAGAUGACGGCCUGAACAUGAAAUCCGACAUCGAAGCACGACAAAAUCAAGGCAAUUUCGAUGCUGAAGUCUCCUCUGAAGUUGCCACUCCCGCCAGAAGUGCCCGGCCGGUACAAGUGAUAGUCUGUCAAGCCACCGACUCCACCAUGGUGGAUAAACUGGAAGCAGCUCUCAGGGACGGAGCUACGUUACUACUGGAAAAUGUUACUGACUCGAUCGAUCCUGUACUAGACCCGGUGCUGCUGCGACAAACGUUCAAGCAGCAGGGAGUGGAGCACGUCCGCAUCGGUGACGCGGUCGUCGAGUUCAACUCGCACUUCCGCCUCUUCAUGACCACGAGGCUAAGCAGUCCUGACAUCCCGCCUCAUGUUGCCCAUAAGGUGAGCUUGCUGAACUUCAGCACCACCGAAUUGGGCCUCGAAAGCCAGCUGUUAGGCCUUGUGGUUGGCGAAGAGAAACCUCAACUCGAAUACCGAAGAAACCAACUUCUUCUGGAGACCGCCAAAAAUCGGAGAGACUUACAAGAAACUCAGGAUGAAAUCCUUCGAGUUCUCUCUACGGCAGGAAAAAAUCUUUUGGAGGAUGAAAUGGCCAUUGAUAUCAUGGCUUCAAGUCGGGCUUUGUCCAAGGAAAUUGCUUCCAAAGAAGUGACUGUGAGGGCGACGAAUGAAGAGAUCGAGAACUCAAGAAUAACAUACCGGGAUGUGGCCAGUCACGCUGCCCGAGUAUUUUUCUGUGUGGUAGACAUGAGCUCCGUUGAUGUCAUGUACCAAUUCUCACUGCCAUGGUUUCUCAAACUCUACCUCCAGGCUAUCCGUGAGUGCGGAGGCUCAGAUGAUCGCAUCCACAGCAUCAACGGGCGGGUGACGUCAUCCGUCUACGCUGCGGUUAGCCGCUGUCUCUUCGAGAAGCACAAGCUGCUCUUCUCACUGCUGCUCGCUGCUCGGCUGUACCUUUUAAAACACCCGGCUUCGAAAGACACUUGGAACUAUUUGCUUUCUGGAGGCUCCAGAGCACUGGAAAUUCAAACCAACUCCAAUCCCUGCUCGAGUUGGCUUCCCGACACAUCGUGGCGAAAUGUUUUAGGAGCGGCAACUUUUCCAAGCCUCGCAACUCUGCAGCAUCAUCUCAAAGAAAACAGUGACCAGUGGCAGAAAGUCUACGGAUCUUCCUCACCUCACAAGGAGACCUUACCCGAGCCGUACGCUGGUCUCGGGGCUCUUGAGAAACUGGCUAUCAUUAAGUGCUUGAGACCCGACGCUCUGACAGAUGCUGUGCAAGACUUUGUUUUGAAGAUAUUGGGGGAGGACGCCCUCGAAGUUGGUCCCACCUCCAUGGCCAGUUUGCUCGAGAGCUCCACGUGUACAACGCCCCUCGUGCUGCUCUUAGCUCCGGGGUCUGCACCGCUCAAGGAGAUCCUGAGACUGGCGCAAGAAGUCGACGUCCCCGAUGACUUGGUCUUUGUUUUGUCCAUCGGGCAGGGGCAGGAAAUUGCAGCCGAAGACAGUUUGCACCGCGCUGCAGAAGCCGGAGGCUGGCUCGUGCUGCAAAACUGUCAUCUCUCAGACAAGUCGUGGUUGCAGCGUUUUGCAAUGCUGUGCAAUCAAGUAUGUCUUAACAAAACUACGCAUGGAUCUUUCCGGCUUUGGAUGACGAGCUAUCCUUCCGAAGUUUUUCCUGUGACGAUACUCCAGGAGGGGGUGAAAAUGAGCUGCGAGUCUCCCUGGGGCAUGCGAGCGAAUAUUUUACACACUUUUAAUUCGUACCCCGUUUGUGAUCAGGAUUUCUACGACUCUUUCCGCAUGUCCCCCAAGGCUAAGAUUUUCAAGCGUCUUCUCUUUGGACUUAGCUUCUUCCACGCGCUGAUUUUGGAGCGCCGCGCCUACGGUGCGUUAGGGUGGAACGUUCCUUACCAGUUUACUGAUGCUGAUUUUCGCAUCAGUGCCUUGCAGCUCAAAUUCAUUCUCGAGGAAGCCUCAGACUUGCAUUCAACAAAAAUUGAUAAGCCCGCAUGCAGCCCCGAAAUACCCGGUUCUUCAUCUGAACCAAAAAAUUCUGAAAGGUCAUUUUCAGGUAUUGGAAAAGUUGCAAGUGAAACAAAUGAAGUUAUCGGAGUUACAGCCAGCGAAACAAUUGAAGAAUCUGAACCUGGCGACUUUGAUGUACGACCGCAAUUGGACGCACUGAAAUACCUCGCUGGAGAAUGUAACUACGGAGGAAAAAUAACUGAUGCUAGAGACAGGCGUCUCCUGCAUUGUCUUCUGGCUAAAGUGUACAACGAGGCUGUUUGUUUCCAAAACGGAGUGGUGCUGGGUGAAGGGUUCACGGUACCCGAUAGCAGCAACCUCCAUGACGCCAUCGCGCAUGCGUGGACGCUCCCUGUGAUGUCUGGAGCAGCAGUGCUUGGGCUUCAUCCUGACUGUGACACCGUCAAACGCAGAGAUAAAAUCAAUCAACUCUUCGAAAGCAUGGCGGCUCUGGAACAUAACUUCUCGAACUCGGCCUGCCUUGAAGAACAAGUCGAAUCCGCUUCUGGUCCACAAAAAGGCUCCCCCAAGCUUUGCUCCUCUGGAACAACUGUCGGUGAUCCUCUUCUGGGCACCAUAUCUGACCUCCUGCAGCGGCUACCGGAACGUCUUGAUGGCCUUCCUGAGGACGAUGAUGCGAUGCUGAGUUCGGAUGCGGACAAGAAGACGUCAACUCUCUUGGCAGAGUCCAUGAGGCCAGUUCUAAGACAGGAAAUUUCCCGCUAUAACGAACUACUUUCUGCCGUCCGCGCCGACCUGUACCGCAUGCGUGACGCCUUGAGUGGUGAGACCGCCAUGACACCCGCCGUGCAGGCCUCCGUCGACGCCCUCAGGAGAGGCGAGGUGCCGCCUGCCUUGCUCCACAAGUCCUACCUCUCCAAGAACAGACUCGCGCCCUACGUCGACAACCUUGAGAAAAGACUCCAGUUCACGCAGCAGUGGGCGGUGCAGGGGGCGCCGCCCGUGUUCUGGCUGGGGGGGCUGGCGGCCCCCCAGGGUUUCCUCACAGCCCUCCGGCAGCACUUCGCCCGCGCCCUUCGUGCUGCCAUCGACGAUGUCUCCUUUAGCUUCACCGUCACCGACAUUGAAGUAGAGGACAUUGUCUCCCAGAUCUCCUGCGCGUCGUUUGCCGACAAAUUAACGAAGGCCGCCGCCGCUGGACGCUCCGAGGAGCCCUCGCCUCGGAGCUGCGACGGCGUGUACGUUUGGGGCUUUUACCUGGAAGGCGCAAAGUGGGACAGGAACCAAGGAUGCCUGGUGGAGCUGGACGCUGGGUGCGGGCGAGGCUUCCUGCCUGUGAUGUGCAUCCUACCGCGUCUAGGACAUCAAGGAUGUCCGGACCCCGAAGUUGAUACACCGAUCUCGACAGUCUCGCCUCCCAUGUACGAGUGCCCGGUGUACCGCACCAGCGACCGGCGAGGUCAGUUGUCCACCCUGGGCCACUGCACCAACUACGUCUUCGACAUCACCUUGUCCAGUGGCAGUGAACACCCGCACACCUGGGUGAUGAGGGGCGUGGCCGCCCUGCUGCAGCCUUAAACCGUUGCAGCAGCAACCGUUUCCGGGCCUUAAACGUAGUGAAGUCCCGUAGUGGAAACGAGCCUUAAACGUAGUGAAGUCACGUAGUGGAAACGGACCUUAGACGUAGUGAAGUCACGUAGUGGAAACGGACCUUAGACGUAGUGAAGUCACGUAGUGGAAACGGACCUUAGACGUAGUGAAGUCCUGUAGUGGAAACGGGCCUUAAACGUAGUGAAGUCCCGUAGUG